AUGAGUUCGCGGGGAUUUCAUCUCCUCGGCAAAAAAUCAUGGAACGUCUACAACCCCGCCAACAUCGCCCGCGUGCGGCGCGACGAGGCAGCCGCCCAGGCCCGGGAAGAGGCUGAGGAGCAGCGCAUGCAAGAAGAAGAUGCAGCGCGCCGGCUAGCCAUUCUCCGCGGCGAGGUGCCCCCUCCGCUCGAAGAACCACAACCCGAAGCCCUCGAAGCCGUCGCACCACCGCCACGAGGCCGGGAUCACGACACACACGGCAGCACCAGCUCCGGGCGCAAGCGCAAGCGGCACGGCGAAGACGACACGGAUUUCGAGAUGCGCGUGGCGCGCGAACGGGCCGCCGCGGGCGACCGAGCCGCGCGCGAGCUGGCCCUCACCACCAACGCCACAACCACCACCUCCACCGCCCCGUUAGUCGACAGCAAGGGCCAUCUGACCCUCUUCCCCGAGCCCGAUAUCGACACCGCACGGCCGCGCGAGGGGAAUGCCGAAGCCGAGCGGGAAGCGGCGCGGCGAGAGCGCGAGCUCAAGGACCAGUACCAGAUGCGGCUGGUGAACGCGGCGGGGCGCGACGGGCAAGGGCUGACGGACGGCGGGCCGUGGUAUGCCUCGGCGGCGGGCGAGGGCGAGGGCGAGGAUGGCGCAGGGGCGACAUCUGGCGCGCCGUUGGUGCCGAGCAAGAACGUGUUUGGGCGGGAGGACCCCGGGCGCGGGGCGCGCGCGGCGGCGAGGUUGGAUGCGAGUGACCCGCUGGCGGUGAUGCGGCGCGGGGCGAAGAUGGUGAGGGAGUUGGAGAGGGAGAGGCGGAAGGAGGUGGGGGAGAGGGAAAGGGAUUUGAGGGCGUUGGAGAAGGAGGAGAGGAGGGAGGAGAGGAGGCGGGAGAGGAAGAGGAGGAGGGAGGGGGACUGGCAUGGGAGGUUCGCCGCACAGACGUAA